CGGCUUGCAGUAAAUCAGAUGGUGCCACAGCCAAUGGUAAUAGAUUGAAGUAUCAUUUUAAUACCACCAGUGCACCUCCCUGGUUCAAAGUUCACAGUUUUCCUGAGGGGCUGUACAAAGCCUCUGUCUAAAUACUGACAUGCGUGCUGUGACCAGCUGGCUGUGGUGCAAGAACCUGUGGGGAGAAAGUGGACAGCAGCAGAGCUAUUGUAGCAGCUCUGAAAGCUUAUCAACUCCCUGGGAACUCACAGGAUUUCUUAGAUGUUCAGAUCUGUCUGGUUCUUUUUCUCCACUACAGCUCACAAGGGAAUUCAUAUGACCAAUUAUGGACCUGUUUCAUACAAGGGAAAACUAUGAAGUUUACCAGGGAAAACAAUGGAGCUAUUUAAACAUUUGGUUAGUUUUAUGCUUGUUUCCAAGAACCUGUGUAUCAAGUCCUACAAGACCUAAUUUCUUACUGAUACUGGCGGAUGAUCUUGGUAUUGGAGAUUUGGGUUGCUACGGCAAUGAUACAAUAAGGACUCCUAACAUUGAUGGCUUGGCAAAGGAAGGAGUGAGACUUACUCAGCACAUUGCUGCAGCUGCUGUCUGUACUCCAAGCAGAGCUGCUUUCCUGACUGGCAGAUACCCCAUCAGAUCAGGCAUGGCCUCCAGCACUCAACAGCGGAUUCUCUUUUGGAACGGGUGUUCUGGGGGACUUCCACCAAAUGAAACUACUUUUGCCAGAAUACUGCACCAGCAAGGUUAUUCUACAGCACUUGUAGGGAAGUGGCAUAUGGGUGUGAACUGCGAAACCCGCCAUGAUCACUGCCACCAUCCUUUAAAUCAUGGUUUUGACUAUUUUUAUGGCAUGCCUUUUACCCUUGUGAAUGAGUGCCAAGGCACAGACGACCCUGAACUGGCCAAGUCUUUGCAAGAUAGGUAUUGGCUUUACACACAGAUGAUCACCCUUGCAGUAUGUACUCUUGUGAUUGGAAAACUUGCCAAUUUUUUCCCAGUAAAAUGGAAAAUAAUCAUCUGUCUGGCCAUCUGUGGUCUCCUUCACUUCCUCUCCUGGUUCUCCAGCUAUGGUUUCACCAAGUACUGGAACUGUAUCCUGAUGAGAAACCAUGAUGUCACUGAACAACCUAUGAACCUAAACAAAACUACUUCUAAUAUGCUGAAGGAGGCAGUUACAUUCAUUAAAAGAAACAAGCAUAGACCAUUUCUUCUCCUUGUUUCCCUUUUACAUGUUCACACCCCUCUCCCUACCACAGAGAAGUUUCAAGGAAGAAGCAGGCAUGGCCUGUAUGGAGAUAACGUAGAGGAGAUGGAUUGGAUGGUAGGAAGGCUUGUGGAUGUUAUUGACAAAGAAAGCUUGAAGAAUACCACAUUCAUUUAUUUUGCAUCUGAUCAUGGAGGAUCCUUAGAGGCUCGCAGAAAAAAUUCUCAGUUGGGUGGAUGGAAUGGGAUCUAUAAAGGUGGAAAAGGAAUGGGAGGAUGGGAAGGAGGAAUCCGUGUUCCAGGAAUAUUUAAAUGGCCAGGAGUGUUGCCUGCAGGGACAGUCAUUGAUGAACCUACAAGCCUUAUGGACAUUUAUCCUACAGUGGUUCAUCUGGCUGGAGGGGCAGUGCCUCAGGACAGGGUAAUCGACGGGCGCGCUUUGCUGCCUCUGCUGCGUGGGACAGUUCGGCACUCCGGGCACGAGUUCAUGUUCCACUACUGUGGUGUGUUUCUGCACGCGGUGCGGUGGCACCAGAGGGACAGUGGCACCGUGUGGAAAGCUCAUUAUGCUACUCCAGUAUUCCAACCAGAAGCCUCUGGAGCCUGUUUCAGAAGAGGAAUUUGCCCAUGUUUUGGGGAUGGUGUAACCCAUCAUGACCCUCUGCUGUUCAAUCUCUCACAAGAUCCGUCUGAGGCAAAUCCUUUAUCAGCUGACACUGAGCCCUUGUUUGACACUGUGAUGAGGAGAAUAAGAAAAGCUGUGGAAGAGCAUCACAAGACGCUGACUCCAGUCCCACAACAGCUGUCUCCUUACAAUAAUAUAUGGAAGCCAUGGCUGCAGCCAUGCUGUGGGACAUUCCCAUUCUGUUGGUGCCAUGAAGAAAAUAGCAAAGCAGAUAGCAUAGUUUAAUACCAAAAUCAAAGUUAUCUUCUUUAAAGUUGAUAGUUUUCACAUUUACAUGACAUUUACAUUCAUAGAGAAAUUAGAGAUAUGGGUUAAAUUACAUUGGAAUAACUUAAAGAGAUAUUAGUGGGGUGUUUUUGUUCAACUUUUUUUAUACCCACAGAAAUUCAGUAAGCCUGUGGCUUAAAAAUUAGCAGUCACCUGUAUAACCCGCCCCUCAAGUGCAUAAUUCUGGAUUAAAUACCCAAAUAAAUAAAUAAAUAUUUCUUUCCUUAGUGAUUUUUAAUUCAAGCAAAUGAUGGCUGAUAAGAAAGUAAACUUUUCAUUGCAGAUGCUUGUACAAGAAACAUGCUUAUUAGGACAACAGUACUAAGCCCAAAAGGGUAUGCCUAUUCAGGGCUUAUCUUUUUAAUGAAAAACCAUGUUGCACAAAAAUGAAAUUAUGAUGACAAUGAAAAAAAAUUAAAUAAUGAAAAAAAUAGCACAUUUCAUUUGGAAACAUACCAAAAUGCAUUUGCCUCUCAGAAAUAAAUACCUAUUAAUUUACAGCAAUUUUUUGCCUCAUCUGUACAUUCAUUUUUCUAUCAUGUACGAAUUCCCAGGGAAAACCAAACUGACGAGUAUGUUUUAAAAAUUAGAUAGCUGAAGUUAGCAUCUCAAGAUCAGAAGCAAAGUACCUAGCUAUUCUGAAAUGAUAAGCCACAAUUCUUACCAAAAUGCAUUUCCCAUGUAGUUAGGUCAUCUCACUUGCGAGAGCAUUGAAAAUCAUCACCCUUGAGAAAAUAGGUCCCAAAUUUCACAAUCUGAGACCAAUUUUUAAGCUGCAUGUCCCACUUGAGUGCCAAUGACUCUGAUUUCAUAUGAGCCCAUGAAAAAUGUGCGUUGUUUUGUGAGAAAGCACUUUGUUUUCAAUAGGAGGUGUUAAAAAAAAAUUUCACCUGACACACUAAUCACUUCUGUGUACAGGUCAUCUUCUCCAAGCCAAACAAGUGUCAGCACUCUGUACAGUCAUUAAGGAAAGGGAGGGGAUUAAAAUAUGUAAUCCUCUCUUGCUGCCCUCAGGUUAAAUAAAUUCAUCUCUCAAUAUGUAAUCCUAACCAUGCUCUUGCCAGGUUUCGUGUCAAAUCUGAUUUUUAAAUGGAGGUUUCUGUAUUUUUGCCUUCAGAAAAGGUAGAUUGCAGGCAAGAAACUCCGAUUCAAACUUCUAAGCCUUUCUGAACACUGUAUGUUCACUCGUACCACACAGCUAAAGGUCACCCAGAUUUUA